AUGCAUGAAAAGAAGCAGAUUUCUGGUUAUUACCACUGUGCAUCUUCCAUCAAUGCAUGCCCAACAAUUCCAGAAGACCAUAAGAACAAAGAGCAGCCGGGUGAUGCUCCAAAACAGAAUAUUCUUGGUGUCCAUUUAAAAGGCAGCAUGUGUGACAAUACAAGAAAAAAGCCCAGAGACGAUUAUCUUGCUGUUCAGAGGGAUUACAAAGUAGCAGGAAAUCUUGAUGGAGAUGCAUCCACAAGUGAAGAAAAUGGUAUGACUAAAAUAGACACCAAAACGAGAGCCAAGCGUCAAACUUUCUCUGCAGACAGAGAGCUCUGUUCUAAGUCAGUACCUGAAUUAUUGCCAGCAUUAAAGGCUAAGGAUUAG